AUGGUCCAUGGAUCGCCGUCGGAACUCUAUAGCCGCCGGGCAUUCGCAUCGCAAGCCGCCAUUGCUAUUGGGCGCGAGACUGCAAAGAUUUCCAGGUUUGAUCAAGACGACCGUAUUUUCGAAGCGCAAUCCGCUCGACAAGUCCCACGAGCCACGGCACCGACGGGCUUUUACAGACACAUACCUCAAUCCCUCACACACAAAUACGAAAACCAUCCAACUAUCCGAUAUGAGUUUCCUACAGAUGGUUCCACACGACAUGGGCGUCAUAGAGACGCCCAUGCCCACCCCACCGAUCCUGACGCAGCUCAAGGCUCUCUAGAUGUAUCGAAGCGGCCCUCUCCUUCACGCCGCCGUCGCAGAGUUGGGCAUUCUUCUGUGCCAUCCACAUCAUGGCGUUAUAAAUCUCCCAGUUUCUUACUGCAGCGGGUACUGGGAGCCAAUGAACAUGACCAGGAUUGGAGGAUACAAGCUGCAGCGAGUCGCAGCGCUCGUCUUCCAGUAGUCCUGCUGCAGAUGAUGAUUCGCAAAGUUGCUUCUCAAGAUCCCCGUCAGAACGAGCUUCUAGAUCUACUUCCAUCCUCUCAGGAAUGGGAAAAGGCAAUGGAUAUCGCGCGGCGAAAUGGCCAUUCAUAUACGGAUUUGGCCUAUUAUCUGUAUAUUCUCGAAGGCAAGACAGAUGACGUACGCUGUGAAAGGUUCCUCGAGCGCGAUUCGCAUAAGCCGCCAUUUAUUUUACACUUCCUUCUGAGGCCGUCAUCCAAGUUCACCAGUCUCGAAACACUCAAUCGUCUCAUCGCCUAUUGCCGCUCUUCAUAUUUGGCGGCGAUGAGAAAUGAACCGGAUAAAUCAAGUGACCAGGUCAAGAGACGACAGCGGGCGUAUGGUUCCGCGAGCUUCAAUUUCGUCAUGUCCCUUCUUGCGCACCAUUGCAUUCGGCUUGACGCCAGACACACGGUUAAACUCGGAGAACUGGCAGUCGAAUAUAUCGAGACAAUGGCGGAAUCAUCCCUGCCUCAGGAAGAAAUUUAUCAAGCUCAAUGCUCAGUGUUUAACCACGGCCUUCGGCUUUUCGGUUCAGACUAUCGCAUGCAUUCGAUUCAGCACUCAUCGCCAAAUUCAUUCUUUUGGGAAGCACAGAGAAUUCUUCUUGCUGUAUCUUCUCGAUUGAAGCGGCAACUGCUUGUAGAGGUUGAAGGUUUUCGAGCAAUCAGACAGGUUUUGGCAGGCAUGUCCAAGAAUCAAGUCGAGAUACACAGUUCUGUUAGACACGCGCCUACAUGGCCCCCAUAUUUACAACCUGGGGACGGCAUGGACGAAGAGAUGGACCCCGAAGACAGCUGGAGCCGGUCGGUAGGGCUAUGGGAGGCUUCCAUUAGAGCUACGCGCAAUGCACAGGAGGCUUGGGAGAGGUUCCAGAACCCACCAAAAGCAGGGCUUGAACUCGGCUUAGCCGAGUAUACCGCGAUGUUUGAAAAGUUGACGAUGAGAGAGGCCGACGAACACACCAGAGCCCUCCCUGGUGACAGAGCCUUGAAUUUCCCUACUCCACAGGAGCCCAAUCUCAGCGAAUUUGAAAAGGCUCGCAUUCGCCCGCCAAGUAUCUCCCAGCUCUAUGAGAGGAUGCGGCUGGAUGGUAUCCGCCCAAGUGGCAGCUGCCUUGCAAUCCUGGUCGCCAACACUGAAUCAAUGGAAAUGGCGCGGAAAUAUCUACACGACUUUGACGAAACUGGUGCUCUGUAUCGUCUCAUGUCCCAAGAGAUGGAUGUGCAAGCUCUAAAGAAGGUGCCCAUAAGCCUCAUCUCAGCCUAUGUUCAAGUGAUGACACGACAAGAGGGUAAACGAGCCAGAAAAUACAUGAUACGGGCUAUUGAACUGGCGGAGCAGCGGUUGGGAUCUGACCAGACUCAGUGGUCUAAUUUCAUCUGGGGCACAAUUCUAAAAAACCUGUCACAGCACCACCACGGCCUAAGGAUAGUUGUUUAUCAGCAACUCAAGCUAUCUCUACAUGUCAUGCAGAAACUCGACUGGCCUUGUGGACCUACACUCCCCGCAUUUAUCCAGUUCAGUAAGACUCUGCGAAAGAUUGCAAAGCGCGAACUUGGGCAGCUUUUCACCGAAUUGGAAUCGGAUUCGUCGACAGCCGAAAACCACGCGCUGUGGGCCUUGUACGACGAGAAAUCUAGGCACAGGGACGCUAUGCAAUGGGAUACUUUCGAUAAUAGACCGGGAGCGCUGGGUGUGUUUCGCCUCUUCCGAUCUUCCGCUUUGCGGAUGAAUGAGCUGUUUGACAAACUUGUUUCACAUGAAAGAGAGAGCCGGCGACUACUGGGUACAACGAAAGUGGCGCCAUUGGACGAGAUGAUGUGGCGAAGAGACCCUGCUCGAAGCGAGCAUGCCUACGAUUAUAUGAUAUCCUUGGCAUACUUGGGCGAGUUUCAGCAGAUGGCCAACUUGCUGAAGUGGUUAAUCAACAUGUGGGGGCAGCCUGACGUGGUCCACGCAUUGUCGGAGCUGGACGAGCCGCCGCCGUUUGCCGACUUUUUGAAGACUCUCUGCGCAUUUCGACUCUUGGCCGAGCCGAUGCUCGAGCCACAAGUGGUGGAUUCUUUACGGGAAGCAAUUGGCGCGGCUGGACUGAACUGGACAUGGCCUGACGAAGAGACUGUGGAGGCAUACGUCCAUAUGCAAGAGGAUGAAUCUAUUCAUAUUUUGGCGCGCGUGCUAGAGCGGGUGCGCCUGUCGUGGACGGAUAUGAGUAGGGAUGCCGUGGUGGAGCGUGAGAGUGAAUGGAGAAACGACAUAUAA